CCUUAAUCAAUCACAACAACAACAAUGUCCCAACUAGUAACAUUCACCCACCCCACCGCCCUCCUCCUAAUCGACAAUCAAAACGGCUUCACCCACCCAACCCACUGGGGUCCAUCCCGUUCCAACCCCAACUACGAAGCCAACAUCCAAACCCUCCUCACCACCUUCCGCAACACCCUCACCACAUCCCCAUCUCCACCAUCACUUCAACAACAUCAUCACCACGAAAUAAUCCACAUCUUCCACUCCUCCACAACGCCCACCUCCCCCCUACACCCAACCUACACCACUCCCACAGGAGAGCAAGGCAUCGACCCUCUCCCCAUCUGCAACCCACUUCCCACCGAGAAACAGAUCUGGAAACAUGUCAAUUCCUCAUUUAUUGGCACCGAACUGGAAGAAUAUCUCCGCGAGAAGGGGAUACGGCAGUUGAUUGUGGCCGGGUUGACGACGGAUCAUUGUGUGUCGACGACGGUGCGGAUGGCGGCGAAUUUGGGGGUUGUUGAUACUAGGGUUAGAUCAUCUGAGGAUGAGGUGGAUAAAGGACGGAUUAUUCUUGUUAGUGAUGCCACUGCUACGUUUGCCAAGGGGGGAUGGGAUGCCGAGACGGUGCAUCAGGUGUCGGUUGCGAGUUUAGAUGGGGAGUUUGCGGAGGUGAGAGGGGUGGGGGAGGUGGUGAAGGCGCUGGAGGAGUAUUCUGCUUCGAACUAGAUCUUAUAUAUAGAGGGUGUGGAAUUUAUGAUGAUGGUGUGGAUGUAGGCUAUGAUUAUUAUAUCACAAGCCACGGAUUAAUUGAUAGCUACAUUACAGGGUCACAUCCACCGCAAUCAUACCCUCUGAAACGAAUCCCGUCACGAACAAUCUCGCCUUCUUCUGCUGCUGCUCUGGCAACGGAACCAGCACCGCCGCGCUGGCACUCCGGAUGCGUGAUCCAUCGUCCUCAAAAAGCAGCCGGGUCUCCCAUUCCGCGGGC